AUGUCAGAUCUGAACUCAAACGAGAAUGAAAGGGAAGCCAACUUGAGUACUUCUGAAGUACUACGAGCAGCGGCUCAUCAAUUAAUAGAUGACCUCACGCAGAAUCCCUCAUGUUGCCAACACAACUUUAAUGAAGGAGGUUGUACCGUAGAACAAUUCAAUCGGAUCCACCCCCCUUUAUUUGAUGGGAGAGGCGAACCAACCCUGGCGGAGGAUUGGAUUCAGAACAUUGAGGAGAUAUUGUGGGUCCUAACCUGCACAGAUGAACAAAAGGUGGCAUACGCCACGUUCAAGCUGACUGGGGAGGCGAAAAGAUGGUGGGUUUUUGAAAGAACCAUUAGAGAAGCGGAAGGGACAAAAAUAGUCAGUUGGCUGCAUUUCAAGCAAAUUUUUCUAGAACGCUUCUUCCAAAGCUCGGUCCGAGAGGACAAGGCUAUGAAAUUCACCACCUUGGUACAGGGAACUAUGACUGUACAUCAGUAUGAAGCUAAAUUUACUAAGUUAUCCCAUUUUGCUGCGUAUUUUAUUCCAGAUGAGGAAAAGAAGGCGUGUAAAUUCGAGCAAGGGCUAAAUGAAAAACUUUAUGAGUGA